CUCUUCCCGUCAAAGAUGGRGUCGCUCCACAAACGCAGCGGUGAAGCCGACAGGAGCUCCUCGGCUGGAGUUUCAUCCUCUAAACCUCAGAGGGAAACUUCUGCAGACUCCUCAGUGUUCGUCAAACUGCUGGCGGCGGGCUUUUACGGAGUCAGCUCGUUCCUCAUCGUUGUCGUCAACAAAAGCGUCCUGACCAGCUACAGAUUCCCAUCAUCAACAUGUGUUGGAAUUGGUCAGAUGCUGGCCACCAUCGUAGUUCUGAGGACUGGGAAGAUGUUUGGUGUUAUCUCAUUCCCAGACAUGGAUUUGAGUGUACCACACAAGAUGUUCCCGCUGCCUCUGCUCUAUGCAGGGAAUCAGAUAUCUGGGCUGUUUGGGACGCAGAGACUGAAUUUACCCAUGUUCACAGUUCUCAGGAGGUUCAGUAUUUUUCUCACCAUGGUGUUUGAGGGACUCCUGCUCAAAAAAACCUUCUCUGCUUCCGUUAAGAUGACGGUGUUCACCAUGAUCUUUGGUGCUUUCAUUGCAGCGAGCGACGACUUGGCCUUUGACUUUGAAGGGUACUCGUUCAUAAUGCUGAAUAACGUUCUGACGGCAGCCAGCGGGGCGUACGUGAAGCAGAAGCUAGACUCGAAGGAGCUGGGUAAAUAUGGGCUGCUGUACUACAACGCUCUGAUCAUGAUCCUCCCCACGCUGGCAUAUGCUCACUACUCAGGAGACCUGCAGGCGGGUCUGCAGUAUAAAGGCUGGUCCGAUCCCCUGUUUGUUGUGCAGUUUGUGCUCUCCUGUGUCAUGGGCUUUAUCUUGAUGUACUCCAUCCUGCUGUGCACGCAGCGUAACUCGGCUCUCACCACAUCCAUCAUCGGUUGUAUAAAGAAUGUCCUUGUUACGUACAUCGGGAUGGUGUUUGGUGGAGACUACAUUUUCACCUGGACCAACUUUGUGGGUUUGAACAUCAGCAUCGCCGGCAGCCUGGUCUACUCCUACAUCACCUUCACACAGGAACACACCAAGAAGGCGUAACUCAAAGUCCGGAUCUGAUCCUCGAGGUUCUGAAGAAAAAUCCUCACUUUUAUAAACAGCAACAUGUUUACUUAAUUAGUUUAAAUCAGUGUGUUUUUUUAUAAUGUAAUGAUUUUCAUUUCAGUCUACAUAUUUAAUUAUGUACAUUUUUUUAUAAGAAAUGAUCAAAAUAAAUAUUUUUAAGUA